GUUUUGUGCCCGAUGGCAGGUGCUCUAGUUUUGUCCGAACCGUACACCGUACCGGAUCCGUUUUGACGUUUUCGCGACCAGACGCAAAAUUACACUGCGUAAGCGAUACGCAACGAAAGUCGCUAAGUCGUGCGGGUUUUUAGCGUUAAAGCCCCGCCGGAUUGUGCCAGUCACGGCACGGUGUAAGAGUUUUUCCAUCAUUAUUUCUAGCCGGAUUAGUGGACGAGCGGAAAACGAAAAUAAAAAAAAAGAUAUGGCACGCGUAUGAUAUGAUCCUUUUUAAAGGAUGUUCAUCUCUAUAAACAACCAAGUGCACCGUAGUGAGUGGAAAAAGAAGGAAAAAACAUAAAAGUGAUUUACAAAAAAAAAUUGUGAACCAGAAAAGCGGAGUAAAAUUGUUUGUAAUGCCGAGCUGUGUAAUUGUGUUCGGUGUGCUAGGCGAAACAAUAAUCACAGUGAGUGUGAAGGCGUAAAGAUCAGCCCUACAAGUGUGUGGGCAAGUGUAUACUCAGUGUGUAUUCGCCUUGCCGCUUCUAAGCGGUAUUGUGUGUUGCUGUGUAGGGCCUGUGUGUGAGUGUCUGUUUGUCGGCAUGUCCUGGCACCGUGUCCUGGUACGUGGGAGCACUUCCUAAAGUGUUGCUGUUAGUGUGGGUACGCGCGUGUGCCUGUGUAUGUGAGCGUAUAUUCAUUUGGUGUAUGUGUGUUUGUGCCACUGUUAAGCACGGGCGCUUAACGAGAGGGAAAUGAUGUUGAAACGUGAUUAUCUCCGGUUGAUUCGUUGUGAGUUUUAAAUAAUCAGCUGAAACCGGUACCACCCAUCAGCUUCACCCGAAACGUCACAAGCGAGUGAGAAAACAGCGGUGAAAAUCUUCCCCAAAACCACCACCGUAUACGCCGAGCAACCUCGGGAGCAGCCUUCCGAAACCGAGGUUUCCAUCGUUGGUUUUUUUUUCCUUUCAUUUUUGUUUGCCUCGCUUUUUCUUUCGGCACACGAUGAGAUCAACGCGAGCAGCAGCAGCAGCAGCAGCUAGUGGUAUGCUGGUAGUAGUCAUGCUGGUAAUGCUGGCUAAUCUCGCCCGUGCCCAGAUCGACUGGGCUGAGGAUGACGACGAUCCAGUGUCCACGGUGACAGUUGAAGCGGUCCUCGGACGGACGGCAACCUUGCCGUGUGACAUCGAGCCGGAGGAGCUGAACGAUCGGGUCUAUAUGGUGCUGUGGUUUCGGGAGAGUGCUGGCAAACCACUGUACAGCUACGAUGUACGGGGGAGACAAUUCUCCAAGGCACUCUACUGGUCGGAAACGAGCGCCUUCGGACCGCGGGCAUACUUCGUGACAAUCUCCAAACCGGCCGCACUCAGCGUGGACAACAUCCAGCUGGACGAUGAAGGGGUGUAUCGCUGCCGAGUGGAUUUUCAGAACUCGCCCACAAGAAAUCAUCGCAUCAACCUAACCGUAACCGUGCCACCACAUCAGAUCCUCGUGUAUGACGCAUCCGGACUGGACGUGACCGGUGCUAUCGGGCCGCUACAGGAGGACGACAAUCUGGUGCUUACCUGUGAAGUCCGCGGAGGACGUCCGGAACCAACCGUCACCUGGCUGAACGGCGACGAAAUCAUGCAAACCGGUGGCGGAAUCUCGAUGGGCCGGCACGUCACAGUCAAUCGGUUGGAAAUACCGAAAAUGACACGAUCAGCACUGAACAAUACGUACAAGUGUCAGGCAUCGAACACCAAGCUAGUGCCACCGGCCGAACGUAGCAUACGGGUCGAUAUGUUGCUGAAACCGCUAUCAGCAGCACUAUCCUCGAAACCGAAACAAUUAAUAUCGAACCAGGAGUACGUGAUGGCGUGCAAUGUGGAAGGUUCCGUGCCGGAGACGGACAUCAAAUGGAUGCAAAACAAUCGACCCUUCACAAAGGGAAAGAUAAAACUCAUCAAUAACAGCUCGAUGGUGUCGUCUGUGCUGAGCUUCCGACCGCAUCCCGAUGACGAUGGUACAAUUCUCAAGUGUGAAGGUUCUAACCCACGCCUCCAAAACUCCGUCCUGGAAGAUUCGGUCAUCAUGAACGUUCUUUAUCCACCGCAAGUGACACUGUCGCUGGGAUCAACGCUUAAUCCCGACGACAUCAAGGAAGGCGACGACGUCUACUUCGAGUGUCACAUUAAGGCAAAUCCGAGGGAGCAUCGCAUUACAUGGUCACACGAUGGUCUGCCUGUCACGCAGAAUGUAACCUCCGGCGUCAUCAUCUCAACGCGGUCACUAGUGCUGCAGCGCGUCGGAAGAUUUCACUCGGGAAGCUACGCCUGUGCGGCUGCGAACGAUCGUGGCGAAACGCAGAGUGAUCCGGUUGCCCUCAAGAUACACUUUGCACCGGUUUGCAUAUCAAACAGUAUCAUGAUCGUCGGUGCAUCGCUGGACGAAACCGUUCCGGUACCGUGUCACGUAGCGGCCGAUCCGCUGGACGUGUCCUUUGAUUGGAACUUUUCCAACAGUGGCGAACGGUUCGAGGUGGCCAGCGGCCAGUUCAAUCUGCUGCAGGAGUUCCAUUCGGAGGGUAUCACCCAAUCCCGGUACGAUGCCGAUGAGGAUAAUUCAGAAACUAUCUACGAGCUGCUGUACACACCGAAAAGUGAACGUGAGUACGGUACGUUAGCAUGCUGGGCGAAGAAUUCGAUCGGAAAGCAGGUCGAACCGUGUCUCUUUCAAGUAGUUCCUGCAGCCAAACCUGCCCCACUGCGCAACUGUACGUUACGCCCCUACUCGACCCUAAUGGCCUCGGGUCAGCACGGUCAGAAUGCUUCCGCAGCGUCAGCAGCAUCCGCGUACUCGUACACGUACGGUGACCCACCGGGUACGGGCAGCCGACAUUCAGGUCAGCACUAUCGGGACACUAAUUACAUUGGGCCACAAUUCGUUAAAGAUCGGAACGUGCCACCCGACCGGCGGAAUGUUACAGUGAAAUUUAAUCAGAAAAAUCCCAACCUCCCUGGGGCCGGUUCCACCCCAUCCGCUUCCUUGCGCUCGUCUGCUUCCAAAGCUUCCGGCACGGUUUCGAACCGUCGAGAUCGGCGUAACCGCACUGGCGGUGGUUUGCCUUCGAUCCGUGACGCCGAUACAGCCCGCCUAACCGCGGACGGUGAGGACGGUGACGGUGGUCCCGGAACCGGAUCAAAGGAACCCCUGUCCUCGCCACUCCUUCCACCCCGACCACUUCCAUCGCAGUCGACGGAAAUGCUACGGCGGCGUGUCAGCAGUGCGAAAAGCAGCAGCAGCAGCAGCAGCUCUACCAGUGAAGAACAGAACAGCCGUACGAAUCUGCUAAACACGGCAACGGCUGUCCUGCUCGGUGAGGGCAGUUCUGCCGCUGUCCUAGCUUCCUCCGCAACCGGUAACGAUCCAACCGAGCAACAGCGCGGCAGCCGUCUACGCCGGUACACCACUGGCAGUGCUAACCUACGCAACACCAGCCUACCCCGAACGGCCAACGGUAGGGACAGUGAAAACACCAUCAGCAGUAGCAAUCAGCGCUCGUACUCGCUGCAGCACGGCGACGAUCGGGCCCGGGGUGGAAAUAAUUAUCACUCGUCAGCCAAUGCAGCGGCAGCAUCCGCACCACCGAUUGCAUCGCAAUUAAGAUCGAAAACGAUACGCCACCAAUCGACACCGGUUCCACCGUCUGCCGCGUCCCUCUCGUCCUACGGGGGCGGAUUUUCCGGUGUGUAUGGCGCCACCGGACACGGUACCACUUCCUACGGAGGCAAUCAUCAUCAGCAUCAUCAGCAUCAGUACGCUUCACCAGCGGACGGUGGCGUCGGUGGUGGCAUCACGGCUUCCGGUGUCGGCGCGAACGAGCUGCAACCCACCAUGAUGGAGCUCGAGUGUGUCGCCGGCUACGACGGUGGCCUCCCGCAGCACUUUUUUCUCGAAGCCUACGACUCCCGGACGCGCAAAUUGCGCCUAAACAUCACAAGUGCCCUUAACGACGUUCCGCUUUUCCGGAUCGACCUAACCGAACUAAGUCCCAGCGAAGCCUACACACCCACUCUACACCUGAUAGCGUACAGCGUGAAUCAGAAGGGUCGUUCCGAACCGACGAUCCUGGAGGAUAUAGCAAUUAAUGAAGCUGAAAAAAGGACCGAUGGAACGGAGGGCUUUGCGAUAUUACCAUUUGCGGCAUUGUUAACCGGUGCCCUCUUUACCAUCGGUAUUGCUGUCCUGCUGGUUGUCGUUCUUGCCAUUCGCCGUAAGCGUGAUGGCCACGGUGGUGGUCUCUGUGAUGGCAAAGAAAAACAUAUCGGCAUGGACAUUACCGUGACGACACCGCUCGAGAUGGGCAUGGGACAGCAGAAGUACGUUGUCGCCUACACGCUCAAGCAGGGUGUCGAAAAGCAGCCGGACAUUCUGAACGCCCAGAAGACGGGCUCGGCCAGCGUGCAGUCGAUAAAGGAUAUGGGCCAAAAGAUGGGCUCCCCGCUAGGUGUGAGAGGUCCACCGGCCGGUACAAUCUACGCCACACCGGGCGGUUACGACCAGCAAAAAUCAACCCCUUCCAGUCGGCAGAGUACGCUCAAGCGGACGGACGCUUCCGCUAACAGCUACUGUCUGCUACAACAGCAGCAGCAACAGCAACAGCAGCUAAGCAGCACCAGCAAAUACCCGGCGGAGUUGGGCGAGUACGAGAAACCGUACACGAACUAUCAGCACACACUGCAGUACAACCACAAUCCGCCACCACUGGUCGAUCCGUACGCGUACAAGAGUUCCCCGCUGGGUGCCAUCCCCGGGGAACAUCAGCAAACCACGGGCGAACCGGGUGUUGCGUCCAAUCCUGGCUUCGAGUAUCGUAGCAGUAGCCGCAGUAGCAGCGGCAACUUAAAACAGGCGGCCACCACCUUGAACGGUGCCGGAAAUCCCGAGUACCGGUACUCCGGUUCGGAAUUCGUGACGGAUCUGCUCGACUUUAGCAGUGCACCGUCACCAUCGUCCGGUUCGACGGUGGGCGCAACCCUAACGAAGACACGAAACCGUCAGCACAUCAUCACCGAUACACUUCCUGGGCCGGAAAGCUGCGUGUAGGCUGCAUGCAACGAUUUCUUCGCCACUAAUCCGGAAGUGCUCGAAGAGCGAAUUAAAACCCCGUGGACUUCUGCAUAGCGCUAGCCCUUUGGGCGUAGCUUGUUCCACGCCAGUUUGUGCCAGAACACAAACGAACCGGGGGCCAUUUUGUUGGUAAGAUUGCUUACGAGCAAUCAGGUACCGCCGGUAAACAUGUGGAGACAGUGGGGAAUAAUGUCGGUACGUAGCCGACACGGCAGCACACGUCACAUACGGCCUAGAGUACACGAGGCCUAGUCAGUGGUGGUUUCUUACCCAGGGUGAAAUUGUUAUGCAAUGUGAGCAGAGUUCUGCAAGUAAAAUGGGGGAGAGAAAGGAAGAAAAAAAAUGUGGGACGAAUCAGUACGGAAGCAUUAAAACAAAAACAACCCCCCACCCCACUUCCCAAUGGGAUGAAAUGUCCCUGAAUCGCGAAUCUUCCGCGAAUCUUCUGCGUAUGCUCCUGCUCUGCUACUGCUGUAUGUAGCAGUGACACUGCCGUGGCGGUUUUUGGCGGGAUAACGAGGUGCUUAGAGCAGCGAAGAAUAAAUAGACAGUCUUCCAUUAAGCAAACGAGACAAAAACAAAGCAUGACAUUAAAUACGGAACAGAAGAAGCAAAACAGUUUGUGGUGUUUGUGUGUGUCUGGAAAGUGAUGUAGGAAUAUACCUGGCGUAGAUCAGUGUGUGCCCGGUGUACCCGAGUACCCGGUUUUUUUUUUUGUGGGAGGGCGAACUAUGUUUCUGAGCAAUAGAUGUGGUGAAACAAGAAAAAAAAAACGGGGGUUUAGGUUAAUUACUUCGUUUGUACAUAUGGCAACAAGCAUCGUUUAACGAGCAGGAACGUGGACUGAUAGUGUAAAUAUUGGUUGCAAGGUGAUUAGUUUUUGUGUUUCUAUUUAUUACAUAGAUUCAUCCAGUAAGGUGAUAUUGAUUUGCCAUAGAACUUUAUAUAUUAUUAAAAUAAUUUACAUUAACCUGGUUAGAACAAAAAAAAACAUUAAAUCGCUACAUGAUGGAAGCGUGUAUAAUUUUCAAACCUCGCACUAUGUGACAUUUUUAAUCGCAUCGUUACAAACCUACUCCAGGUGAAACAGAAACUCCAUCAGUUUUCCAGUUACAUGUAGAUAAUGCAUAAUCAUCAUUCACUCAUACAGACGGGAACCACACUGUAGCAGCAUAUCCAACCGAAACGUAUAUCAAACCAAAACAAAAAAAAACCACUCCCGAUCAACGGUGAACUCUAUCGACCAUAUCUCCUACCCCCGGGGGGGCGGGCGCUAGAUAGGCCCUCUAUGGCGGCCUAUAUCCUCAGACUGACGGUGUGUAUGACGGUGUUUAGUGAAUACUUGCCACAUGGUAGGGCAAACUUCCUAUCUUUCUCUCUCUCUCUCUCCCCUUCUUUCGCUUACCCAAUCCCAAUCGACCAUCGAAACAAAGAUAACGAAGCUUUGUUAAUAGAAGACUAGCUCAGCUGUUAACAAAAUCACAAUAAUGCUACAUUAUUGAAGCGCAUUGCAUACCUGCAGGCGUUUAGCGAUCGUACGCUGUUAUGCAAUGUUUAUUAGCAAAAUUUAGCUUCUGCAUUAUGAUUGUGAUUUUGUUACCUUUUAUUUAUUUUCUAUUGACAAUUACAAAGUGACAUACAGUCAUGAAAACACCGUGAAGUCAAACACUUUACACCCGAAAUCCUUGCUAAUCAACGGUAGGAAAUGAGCUUGCGAAAAGCUCGCUUUUAAAACCUGUUUAAAAGACAAACGUACCGUCGCAUAUCUGUUUAUUUGUAAAAAAACAAAAAAACCCUUAUAUAGAAAGGUAUAAGCAGAUGGAAAUGCCACCUGUUAGAGUACCCAAGUUUUCCUCUAAAAAUCCAAAGAGGAAAGCAAUUAAACGUGUGUAAAAAAAACCCAAAACAAAGCUGAAGUAACUCGUGUUGUAGCUAAAUACAAAACCGAUCGAUUGUGGUGUUGUCGAUGCUUUAAGCGAUCAAGCGGUUGUUUACCCUGUACCGUCAAUACCUGCCGAUAGCAAAUUUGUACAUAUCCGUCUAGAGUAAAUUGUUCUAGUUGAAGAUGAUCGCGGGCUCCGUUAGUAAGAGAUAAAUGCGCUUCCCGAGUUUUGUUUUUCCUUGUAUAUACUGCAAAACGGGAAACCGCGUGCUUCCCACUCGGGUGUUCCAACUCGACAGUUUUUUCCGACCAGUUCCGUAAAAAAAUUACCUCUUCCGCCGUUCUUCCCCUCUCCUCUCCCAUCCUCCCCUUCACCUUCCAAAUAGACCAACAAGCAAAGGGUGGUAAACGAACGAAGCAUAAGUUGUGUGCGUUGUUAGAAUUAAAUACACUUGAUCGUUAGCAUCUCGUUUCAUCCGUGUACAGAUGAUCCAUUUAUCAUUGCAUCUAGCUGCUGCUGUUUGCUGCUGCCGGUACACGGUGCUAUCGGCCUGAGUUCCAAUACGUGUACAUAGCUAGGUAUAAGCAUAUACGAUCAACAGCAGUUCUGUCGUUGUGCAAGCGUGUGAAAAGCAGCAGUGGAAAACGGUCCUAGUGAAGGUGCUUGUUAUUGAGCAAAACGAAUGAAAAAAAAACCCGAACGAGAUGGAGAAACAAACGAUUGCGAUUGUACGCUGAUGAGUCAAUAAAAACAAUCUAACUAAUGGUGUUUUUUUAAAAA